AUGAUACUGAGAUCCAUUGCAGUUUUAGUGAUAGUAGUACUGCACUAUUCUACUGGUUGUCAAUUUUAUCCUCCGGGUGAAUAUUUAAGAUUCGUGCGUGUGCCCGAAAAUCUACCUAUCGGGGAGGAAGUAUUGAAAAUCAAUGUCUUUCCCAGGAACAACUUAUACCUUCAACCUGUCGACAAGGAUGAGGACGUUCACUACUUCACAUACAGAGAUCUAAAUCGGACGACCGUGUCUCUCCUUCUAGCCAAAUCAUUGGAAGAUGUCGUGGACUCGGAUAAUCCGAGGAACGUGCUCAAAUUCAAAGUCAGUUGCGACUUCCACGACGGGGAGGACACCAUUACAUCCUCCCUGUCCGUCACGGUGUACGUCGAAGACAUCAAUGACCAUGCGCCCGUUUUCUCCGGGGCCCCUUACCACGUGGUUGUAGACGAACUGACUCCCAUCGGCUUGACAAUAUUCCGAGGCAUCAGAGCAACGGACAGGGACAAACCGAACACACCUAAUUCGGAUGUGCAAUACGCAAUAGUGUCUGGAAACGAACGAGGCAAAUUUGCACUGGAGAGCAGUCAUCAGGCAUUCCUGAUACUUAAGAAGUCGCUGGACUUUGACACAGGAGAUCGAGAGUUUUUACUCACCAUCACAGCAUCCGAUCGAGGAACCCCACCAAGAAGUACCAACACAACAGUAAGAAUAACUGUAAACGACAACGACGAUUUAUCGCCAAAAUUCACUAAAGGCGUCUACAGAACCAAGAUCACAGAAUUCUAUCCCAUUACGGGACGUAGGAUACAUCACCGUCUAAAGUUCGACCCCCCGAUAUUCGCGUUCGAUCAAGAUCUCGCCAUCGAUUCACCAAUUCGGUAUGACAUUAUCGCAGGCAACGAACGGCAUUUGUUCUCGUUGGAUCACGUGAACGGAUCACUUUUUCUGGAACGAGAAAUCGACAUCGACGCCGAAAGAUCGCUUCCCGGCAACACGUUCGUGCUGCAGAUACAGGCGUCGCAAAUAGACAAUCCCGCGAAGACCGGAGUUGCACGAGUCGAGGUGGAAGUUGUGGACUUGAACGAUAACCUGCCCGAAUUCGAGGUGGACUUUUACAACAUCAGUAUCGUAGAAAAUUUGCCCAAUGGAUUCAGCGUUUUGCAAAUUGUUGCCAACGAUCAAGAUCAAGGAGACAAUGCGGAAUUCUCUUAUCAACUGGACGAUAAAAGUGGAGCAUUUACUUUGGACUCCCGAAGUGGAUGGCUCACCGUUCGAGACCAAAGCGUUUUGGACCGCGAGAAACGAUCCUCCAUCAACAUGCGCGUCUACGCCAAAGAAAAAGUCCCGAGCGUCGUCACAACCAAACCCGGUGCCUCUUCUGUUAACAUCGAAGUCACCCUGCUGGAUGCCAACGACAACAACCCCACAUUCAUCCCCAACAACUUGUACGACUUCAUAACGGGAACGGAUGCGAAACGAGGCGAUUUCGUGGGACAGAUACACGCCAUCGAUCCGGAUUUGGGCAGGAACGGGCUGGUCAGUUAUUCGUUGCAAAAGGCGCCGAACAAUACGUUGCCAUUCAAGAUUGAUCCGAAGAGUGGUAAAUUGACGGUGACACAGACGCCUUUGGCGGCGACUAGGCAUUUGCUGUUUGUGGAGGCGUCAGAUCAACCCGUCAAUCCCAGUGAGAGGAGAACGUCUUUGGCUGUGGUAACUGUGGAUGUCAGGGAUCAAAGUGCAAGAGCAAACAUAAAAGGAUUACCAGAGUUUGUUGGAGCUCCUUACGAAUUUUGGGUGGGUGGCAACGUAGACAUUGGAACCAGCGUCGGACAAAUCAGGAUAAACGAGGAAAUAUCACCGCUUAUGUAUGACUUACUUCACAGUUACCAUGAAGGAGUACCAUUUGCUGUAGAAGAAAAAACUGGUACAAUAACAGUAGUGGAUGAACUAAGUAAAUUUAAACGACAAAAUUAUGAUUUUGAAGCUGUAGUUACAAACGAAAGAGAAAUAAAUUUAAUAACAAACGUUACCAUCCACGUGGUGGAUCCUAAAGACGAAAAGACUAUAUUAAUGAAAACUGGUAGUGCCCCGAUUGAAUUUCACGUCAAGGAAAACCUGCCUAAUGUUGUAAUAGGAAAACUAGGAUUUAAAAACUCUUCUACGAACGCCCUAAAGUUUUCGAUAGCCAAUCAAAAAGACGUAACUGAUGUAAUAUCAAUUACAAGCGAUGGAACACUUUUCACUCAAAAGCCACUUGAUAGGGAAAUUAGGGAUGUUUAUAGACUAACCAUAAUUGCUGAGUAUAACAAGGGUACAAUAAGUGGCACAGGCAUUUAUCAAGUCACUGUUUAUGUUGAUGAUGAAAAUGAUAAUAAACCUGUUUUUGAGAGGAAUAAGUACGAGGGGAAAAUUAAAGAGAACUGCAAAUCGGGAACAGAAGUAGAUUUAAAUUAUUUGAUUCACGUAUCGGACAAAGACGUGGGAGCAAACGGACAAUUCACAGUAACGAUAUUCGGGAACGGAAGCGAUUUAUUCCGUCUUGAUCGAAGCACUGGCAAAAUUUACUUCUUGAGUUCCGAUAAACCUUUGGACCGAGAACAAAUAGACGUUUUUAACCUACGUUUGGUCGCCAAAGACAAAGGCGGAUUGUACAGCGAAGCAAAACUUACCAUCAAGAUCGAAGAUGAAAAUGAUAAUUCUCCUGUUAUUACUCAGUUUAUCGUCUACAAACAUAAAGGAGCAGUGGUUUUAGACUAUGACAAGGCUGGAAAUCGUGUUGGACACUUCGAGCCAUUGAAAAACAGCAGUGAUGGAGUGUAUAUUUUGACACAGGCGUUUUUGAGAGCCAGGCGUGCCAAAGAAAAAGUUUCACCAUUAAUAUCUUUACCGGAAGAUAUAAAUGUUGGAACGUCUUUCGUCAAAAUCAUAGCCCAGGAUAAGGAUAUCGGUGAAAACGCUAUCAUCAAAUACGAGAUGAUCUCCGAGACAUUCAUACCACAUGAAACGUCUUCAGAACCAUUCCAUUUAGUACAGUACUUCAUGAUACAUCCGAUAACUGGGGAAAUUGGAAUCGCGAGGACUCUCCCACCUGAAUCGGAAUUCAGAUUAAAUAUAUCCGCUGCUGAUAAAGGUGGACUGAAGGAUAAUGUUUCUGUUAGGAUUUUAGUAAAAGACGUUAAUGAUCAUCCUCCAGUGUUUAAAAAGUCGUGGUACAAUUUCGAUGCAGAAGAAGCAUCGUAUUCCCAAAAAGUUUUAGGAAAGAUCGAAGCAAUGGAUGCUGAUUUCGGACCUAACUCCAACAUUUCCUACACCAUUAAAUCAAAUGAAGCUGAUGGUGGCAUACCUUUCGUCAUAUCUUCUUCAGGCGUAUUGAGUGUUGAGGGUGUUUUGGAUAGAGAAACCAAAGACAAGUACUUGUUCCAAGUUAUUGCCAAAGACAACCCUAUUAAAGGCGCCAGUUUGAACAGUUCGGUGAACGUAGAAGUCAACGUUUUGGAUGUGAACGACAAUCCUCCAACUUUCUAUGGUUAUGAUGAUGUCGUUGCAAAUUAUGAGGGCAAUAUCAACUCUCAGCACUACCAGGACAAAAUACCAGUCUAUUAUGCAAACGCAGCUGAGAACAGCCCAAUAGGAACGCCAAUUACUCGUGUUUUCGCUAAUGAUUCAGACUUUAGUGGUAAUGGCAAUGGAUUGAUACUGUUUGAUAUUCCAUAUAGAAAAGCUAAACAAAACUUGUUUACCAUCGAUUCCAAAGAGGGUGUUAUAACCACCAUUGGAAAAUUGGAUUAUGAAACUGACAAGAGUCAUAACGUCACUAUUAUCGCCUCAGAUUUGGGUUCGCCUAGCCUAAGUUCCACAGCUUUGCUGGUUGUCAACGUUAUUGAUGUGCCUGAAGAUAUUAAAACAAUAGAACGUCCAGUUUUUGCCCACAGAUAUUAUGAAGUUGAAGUGGAGGAAAACGUUCCAGUUCCAUUGAAAUUGCUCACGUUGAACGUAACAGAACCGUACAGAUCACACAAAUUGCGUUACAGCAUCGUGGCGGAAGAGAAUAGUGAAAUAAAACGGACGUUUAAAAUUGAUUCGAGGAACGGGACAUUAUAUAUUACCCAGAGUCCGGACAGGGAAAAAAGGGCACUCUACGAGCUAAUUAUUAGGCUGGAUCAGUAUAAAGUGGGCAGAGAUAUGACGGUGAUGAUUUAUCCGGUUACGAAUGAACGGCUGGGGAAUAUUGGUCUCAAUGAAGUGAAAGUAAUUGUCAGGGUCACGGACGUAAACGACAACGUGCCCAAGUUUACUAUAACCGGAAGACCGAUUGUGGCCGCUGUUCCGACCACUGCGAAUUAUGGUUAUCACAUUAUCAGAUUGCAGGCGCGUGAUCCUGAUUUGGGUCUGAACGGUGAGGUUCGCUACCAGAUCCUGAGCCGUGCGGACGAGUCGAGUCGCCGGUUCGCCAUCGAUCCCAUCACCGGUCAGGUCCGCAGCAUCGCCAGCUUCGCCAGAGACGCCGGCAAGGUCUACGGCUUCGACGUCAAGGCCACAGAUCGGCGCGGUGCCGACGACGGCAAAUCCUCCAUCGCCAACGUUUUUGUGUACGUCUUAGAUGAACAGAAGCAACUUGUCAUGGUAAUGGGAUUGAAACCCACCGAUGUCGAAAAAAGUAUGGAUAAUAUUACAACGGCUCUGUACAAUGCCACUGGCUUCGAUGUUCGAGUGAGGAAAUUGGAGCCGCAUAACGAAAGAAAUCAGGUGGAUAACAGCGCGACUGAUAUGUAUUUAUAUGCUGUUGAUCCCUUACUUAACACAGUUGUAGAUAUGGAUCAUUUACAAAAAAUACUUCAAACAAAACACAACGAAAUCGAAAGAAAAUUGGAGGGACCAAAAGUUUUGGCGGUCGCAAGUGGUCCUAUGGAACGUGGUCAUAGCAGGAGCCAAAGGGUUCUUCUUUCGUCCCUAGAGGUUGGUGUUGUGGUUCUAGGAUGUGUGGUCUUCAUUGGAGCUCUUGCCACCGCAGUGUGUGUCAUUUGUCUUCGUAGAAGGAAACGAAGACUGCUUCAGAAGAGUUUCUCUCAGCCAUUGGGUUACACCAUAGCGACGGGCGCUCUAUCCAAAGCGGCUCUGUAUCCAUCCACGUUCGAGGAAGCCAUGCACUAUCCAACGGUCGGCGGUCACGGUCACGAUAUGACUCACCCGCCUGCUGGAUACCCCCUGCGUCACGACUCUAGCUGUCCGAGGGUAAACGGGUUGCGUCCGGGAUACAGGGAAAGGAGCAGGAGUUCCGGAUGUCUAGAGAAGUCCAUCACGUCCAUUCACUCUAGUGGACACGACUCAGGAAUUGCGGAUGGAGCGGUACACUGUCAAUGUGGACAGUCCAGCAGUCAGUCGUCGACUGAGAGCAGCAACAGCUACGAGGACUCGCUCCAAUCUACCGGCCACCAUCGCAAGAUGCGUGAUAGCUCCCUUCUCCAGAUCAGCAACCCGCUGCCCACCAGGACGAUGCAGCAAAGGAGAUCGAGGAACAGGUCAAUCACCGAGGACGUGGUCCAGGCGAGCGGUCUGCAGCACAUGCAGUCCAUGUCUCACAUACCACCACCUGCCUUCCUCAUUUCGGGACCGUCGGCGCUCAGACGAUCCACGGAGAGACUUAUGAUGUGCUCGGUCAAUCCGAUGUAAUACUGAUCAAUAUCUCUUUUUUAUGAAAAAAGUGAUAGGACUUGGUAAGUGCUUAGUUCGUUAAUGUGUUCAUUCUCGAUCUAGUGAAAGUCAUUGUUAAAUGAACACACUUUAGUUACCAUUACGUAUUAUCUGUAAAUAUUGUUAAAUACAUAUAUUUAAGUACAUUCAACAUGUAUAAUUAUUAAUAAUAUAUAUUGUAAUGUAAUGUAAACUUUUAAUGGAUAUCAAAAUAUUCGUAAUGAAUCGUAUUUAUUUUGAAGGCCCUAAGUGCAAUAUACUAUGUUAAUGUAAAUACAAAUAUUUUAUAAUGAUCUGUAAAUAAAGCUUUUUGCAACUCAA